UUUACCCCGACACCAUUCGCCUACCUACGAUUACCUGGGCUACAUGAAGUACCUCGAGAUAUCUGAGCUCUCUCGACUCGCCGAAGCGCUCACACAUGAGGGGCCCGAGUGCUCCGUGCAUACUCGGAUAGAGGCCUACAGCUGCAAGAACGUCAAACGGGACAAGAAACUCUUCAAGUCGCUCGAAAGCGCCUACAAUGAUGAAGCCACCAACUCACCACCCAUCCCUUCCUUUAUCGCCCUCGACCGCGAGGCCGAAAUGACCCCCUUCGGGCCGAUAGACAAGCAUGCGUCGCGCAAGACGCUCUACCUACUCAUCGCAACUCUCAACGUCGCUUUCCCUGACCACGAGUUCUCAGACGUCAAGCCCGCACACUUCAAUAAGGAGGAGAGCGGCGCAAGUGUGCUCAAUGCGCUCAGCACUACACUCGUAUCGCCCCAACGCGCAGGUAUGCGCGCACCUCGGACGUACUCCUCCUACCCACCUGCAUCCAAGGACUUCUUCCCUUCAUCCCUGCCGACAUCUUCGUCCCCACCUGCACCGCUCGCUAGCCCCUAUGCACCUCCUCCAAUGGUCACCGGGACCCAUCCCACGCUCUACCGCAUACUCGACGACGUCAUAGGUCUUCCCGAAUGCGAAGUAUUCUCGUACGUACCCGACAUAGAAUCCGAUCCCCACGCCAACGAUUUCGAGUACGACGAGGACGAAGUCGCGAGCAUCAACGACGCGGAUUCUUCAUCCGAUGAACCAUCCGAAACCUUCGCAUUUGACGACUAUGACGUUGAUGAGGCGACGAGCCGGAGUCGGCCUAUACCUGGAGGCAGGAGAGGGAGUGGGUAUUCGAAUGGCAGCGAUGAUGAAUUCUACGGAGCGCAUAAUCGUCGUCACGGGGCUUUGCUUUGGAGUUCGCAUUGGUUCUUCUUGAACAGGAAGUUGAAGCGGAUAAUAUUCGUGUCGGUCUGGGCGAGGGCGAGAAGUACGCUUCAUAUCGCGGAUGAGCUGGACGAGGGAUACGGAAGUGUGGACAAGUUGCUGCCGGCGUUGUCAGGGGAAAGGUUUUUGGGAUGGGAGGGAGCUGCCGGAGCAGGGGCGAGGGCAAUGGGACUUCAUAUAAGUCAUUCCAUCUGAGGCGGGACGCGCGACAUAUAUUAUGGCGCCAUCAUACAUGCACCACCACCUAUGUUUUUCGGACCAUCAGCCUCUGCUCGAUCAUACCACCUAUCCUUCCCAUCGCGACUCGGACCACUGGUUCACGAUUUUUGUUCUUGAUACUUGAUCCCAGGUCCACGGCCAUCUUGACGUUUCUUGGCCCCUUCUUCUCCCAUGUACAUAUAUCUCUUGACCUUCGCCCCUUCCUUAUCGCCCCACUCACACGGACAAUCGCUUCUCUUCAGCAUAUGUUAUCCUCUCUAUGCCUUUUCAACCCCUACGACAGUCCAGCUAGUUCCCUAGGCCUGCUUCUCCUAUUCCCAUUCUUCGUACUUCGUAUUCCUCUUCGCCUUCGUCUUUGUUGGGCUAUUAUUCUUGGAACUGUAUGAUAUUUGGAUGGUCGGCACGAACGCCUUUCGAGUAUUCGACCUUGAUUAUGUCAUGUUAUGGAUCUUCAUUUU